AUCAAAAUUACAAUCCGUCUAAACCACAAGCCUUAGGAGCGAGAUCUUUCGAAACAUCGACGUGGUCACUUUUAGGCGCCAAGAAAGAUUACUGCGCACAUUAGAACUAGUCAGUUUUCAUCAUGGAGUCAGUUUUGGAUUUCACUGUAUAGCGCAACUGCGGAAGGAAUAAUGGAAGUUUCAAUUCCUUCAACGACUCUUUUUUUCAAAAGCAGUUUGAAAAGUGUUCAUAGAACAGGACUAAACCCUAAUUUAAACCAAAGCCCCAAUUUUAUUUAUCGUAAUAGAGCAAAAGUAGCUACAAGAUUACCCGUUACAAUCAAGGCGAUUAAUGAAGUCCCUGUUACAACAUUUGAGCCAGUUCAAGCUGAGAUUACAUGGGAAAUCAUUGUUGGAACUCUAGCUGGAGUUAUACCUUUCGUGGUAGCAGGAAUUGAAUUCAGCAAAAGAAUUGUUGAGCAGAAAAGAUGCACAGUAUGUCGUGGAUCAGGACUAGUUCGAAGAGAAAAAUACUACUUCCGAUGUCCUCGCUGUGUCAUGGAUUUAAGAGAUUUUACUAUGUCACGCGGGUUGAUAAAUCAUGUCGCUGGCUUAGCCACUCUGAACUGGGAUCUUCUUCAUAAAGAUACCACGUCCAUAGUGGCAGUGAUCUAGUCACGAGAUCUGUCUACCAUUACUCUUUACAAGAAAUCUUUGACUUUUGGGAAGAUCACGACAGAGAUUGGGAUAGUCAUUCAUGUACUUUGAUGCUUCUGUCAUUCUGUCAAGUCCUCUUCAACACUGCCACCAUUUUCUUAUACAUGCAAAUGAUCAACCAGUGAUUCCAGGAGGUGAAAAGUCAAUUAUCAUUACUUUGUUUUGUCAUCGAAUCUGGUACCUGGUUAUGUGUUUGUGAUACAGGUUUGCUCUUUGUAAAUGUUGGACUCAAACCUUGUUAUUAUUCUGAAACCCUGACACCAUCUGUUUUACAGUUUUCCACCAAGACUUCUGUUGAAUAAGUGGAUUUGGUUGAAAACUAGACCUUUGUGCUUUCAUAUGUCAGACAAUAUUUCAAACUUGUUGACAUAAUCCAUAUUUAGGCCUAUUUUAUUUUGGUUGCUAUAUUCUUUUUGAAGUUCCAAGGUCUUCAAUUUCCCUUGUUCGUCAGAUUGUCGUGGUCUUUAUGAAAUGAAUGAGAGCAUGCGUUGUGGGAAUUU